AUUUUUAGUCGCGUUUGACACGUGAGAAAGGGUGCUCACCCUUUCGAAACGAAGCAGCUGUAGACGCAACGAGUGGUGCCAACCCUAGUAUUUGACGUGCCGUUCAUACCCGCCGGUUUACAUUUUUUUUAAUUAUUGAAAUUAAUAUCUAAUUAUGUCGUGCGAAUUUGUUUACGCAAGAGCAUUGGAUCCCUGUCAGUUCCCAUAAAUAAUUAGCAUUCGCGCACAAUAAAACGUCAAUUAACCGACAAUUAUUCAAAAUUGGGGUAGUUGCAGCGCGUCAGGAGCAAGGACGCAUUUUAGUAAACAUGGCGAUGUGUUUUCGGCUUGUUUGGGGUGUCCACCUUUUAUACAUCCAUUAGAUGAAUAGAACCUCGAGCGAAACGGCAGCGACAAUAAUACACCAGCCAAAGGUCAUUAGUGUUUUUUAGAGUCUUUAAGCUGGCGAAUUUCCGUGAUGUGUGCGUGUUGAGGGCUCUCGAACAGGACCGGAUUCGGAGUACGGUAAUAUGGAUUGGUGUGGGGCAAAGCCUCGCGUCUAGUGGCGGAGUGUCAUGCAGUCUGAGCCGGGCCGAUACAUCAAUUCUGUAUCCGAUCUGCUCUACAGUACUGACGAAAUUGAGUUUCUGCUCGACGACAUCAGAGACCUGGAGCCGACAAGUUGCAAGCCUGAAGACAUUCAGGAGCCGGAUGGUAUGAGUUGUGUGUUGCAGGACUUUGAGAUAGCGGGCAGCAGGACGGGGGCCCUGAGCGCGGAUUGUGCUGGAGGUUGCGAGUGCGAAUCACCUCUGGGCACCGUUAACUCAUGGGACUCGCACUCUCACUACCGCCGACGGGUCGCCUCGCCCGAUCUGUCCCUAUACUCUGGGGUUAUCGUCUACUGCGACCACACUCAUCUCAAGACGCCCACGGGUUUCGUCCGACUGCUAUUACUGGUGACCACAAUUGCCUGUCUCACAUGCCUGUGUACUUCAGGGACUGUAAAAGUAGGCCUAUUUAUGCUUCCGCUGGUCGGACGUUUACGGCUGAUGAUGUUCGUAUCUUUAUUGAGUUUAUUUGUCACUUGUCUCCUACUGUUUCUUGAUAUAUCCCACAUUGUUUACUUGUUUCCUUUUAAUUGGGGUAAAGUGAACGCAUACUUUUACGUCAGCCUUAGCGUUCUGUUCCUCAUAGCGUCAUCAUUAAUUUUUCAUACAAUAUUUUUAUCAGAGGCCUUUUACUGGGUUCCGAAAUGGACGCAUCAUCAAUUGCUAAUUACGGGGUGUUUGGGGUACCUGUGCUGCUUUCAGUCGGCGAUUCUCUCGCUGAUCCAGAAAUGCACGAUUGGCCAUUAUCAACCCGUCGCCGAAGAUCCAAGUUUGAAUUUACAGGAGCGGCAAACGUCGUUACAAAACUCGCCUGAACAUAAAGCGAAUCAGACAACGCACAAUUACAAGCCUAUCGUCAACUACCCAGUAGUGGCGUCGACUUCUAGACAAGAAGCCAGCAGUUACCUCGAUGAUGUACAACCUUGUUCGUCGAAAAGUUCAGAUCCGUAUAGGGUAGCAUGAUAUUUAACACAAAAACAAGAAACUCUUCUAAAAUGCCUUCAACUUUAAGUGUUUGUUUUAACCGUAAUGUGCAUCGCCAGUUAUCAGUGAAUGUGUCAGAGACCAGAUUAUGUUCGAGGUCCUUACAGCCAGAAGUGCUAAGUGUGGUUCAAAAUUUAGAUAGUAUAACACCAGUUAACAAAAAUAUUAUAUCAUUGUUUUGACAAGAAUGUUUUUAUUUUGAAUUUUUACACGGUAUGUAAAAAUGUAUAGAAAAAUAAAAAAUUAUUCCAAAUUUAUUGCAAUAUUUGCAAGAUUAGUAAGUAUACGGAUCCUGCAGCAAAUUCACUCGUUCAGAAUAGGCAACAAGAGUCAUUUAUUGUAAAUAGUUUAUUUUAGAUUUUUAUCGAUUUUUAUUAGUAUUUAUAUUCUGUACAGUAUUAUUCACCGAUUUCUAACAAGACAACAGUCGUUUAAUUUAGACAUAGCUCCAGAAAUUUUCAUAAUAUAAGACAACAAAGUGUUCAAUAAUAUAUAAUUUGUUUUAUUGUGUGUAUAUCUACCUAAACACAAAGUCCAUGUUUUGUAUUGUAUGUGACGAAUUUAUAUUCAUUUGUAGGCUACAACAGCAAAAUGGUGCUGAAAAACAUUUUACAAAUGUUUUUCCCUAGACUUUACGUGUGAUUCUAAACGAUUCUAAAUUCAAAGAAAAAAUGCUUCGCGAACCGAACACUUUCAUUAAUUAAUGAAAAUUGACUACUUGAAACCAGGAAAUUAAUUAGAUGAGUAACUUCCGGUACUUUAAUGCAUUUAUUAUUGGACAUAAAUUGCCGGAAACUUAUUUUCUCCCCCAAAAAGGGGGAGAGAUUUCAGUAAUGACUCAGGAAUACAUAUCCCGAAAGUUGUUUUUAAUCCCACUAACUGCUCCAAAAACGCUACAUCAUUACGACA